CAGCAUGCCAAACACGACCAAAUCAAACCCUGUAUAUAUAUAUACAUCAAAGUGAUAACUAAAUCCCCUUCAUUUUAGCACUGCAAGUUCAGGGCAUUCUUAAAUCUUUGAAGCCAUGUUUAGAGCUCUAAGCACACGUGGCGGUGGCGGUGGUGGUGGUGGAUAUGAGCGGUUGGUGGAUGAGUCCUCCGGCGGUCUUUUAGAGGCGAAGUUGAAUAGAGUCACAAGCUUGCCAGCUAAGCUGUUUGGUUCAUCGUCGACGAAAUUGACUUCGGAGUUCAAUUUUCCAGCGAAUUUUCCGGCGAAGCAAGCGAAGAAGGUUAUUCACCCGUGGUUUGGAUUGUUCGACAGGCGCCGCCGGAGGAAGAAAGCGACGGCUAAGCCGGAAGUAGCUAGAUAUUUGGAGUAUGUGAAGGAAGGAGGUGUAUGGGAUGUGAAUUCUAAUAUGCCUGUAAUUUACUACAAAUGAAGGUUUAAUUGUUAUUUA